AUGGCGGCCUCCACCUGCGUGUGCAUGGCUGUGGUUCUGCUUUGUAUCUCUGACCUCCUAUUGCUGCUACCACCUCCGGCUUGUGCUACUGACGACCAGGCCGGAGCACCAGGCGAGGCUCCCCCAUCUCCUAAAAAAAAGAAGAAAGAUAUUCGCGAUUACAAUGAUGCAGACAUGGCGAGGCUCCUGGAACAGUGGGAGAAAGACGAUGACAUUGAAGAAGGAGAUCUGCCAGAGCACAAAAGACCCUCAGCCCCGAUCGACUUCUCCAAGCUCGAUCCAGGCAAGCCUGAAAGCAUUCUGAAGAUGACGAAGAAAGGGAAGACUCUGAUGAUGUUUGUCACGGUCUCAGGAAACCCUACUGAGAAGGAGACGGAGGAGAUCACGAGCCUGUGGCAGGGCAGUCUCUUCAAUGCCAACUAUGACGUCCAGAGGUUCAUCGUGGGAUCCGACCGGGCCAUCUUCAUGCUUCGGGACGGGAGCUAUGCCUGGGAGAUCAAAGACUUCUUGAUCAGUCAAGACAGGUGUGCUGAUGUCACUCUGGAGGGACAGGUGUACCCGGGCAAGGGCGGAGGAAGCAAAGAGAAAAAUAAAACCAAGCCAGAGAAGAGCAAAAAGAAGAAGGAGGGAGAUCCGAAGUCCCGGGCAGCGAAGGAAGACAAUCGAGCAGGGACAAGAGAAGAUCUCUGA